AUUUAAGUGAAAUUACUGAACUUAAAUAUACGAGCUUGAUAAAAAUGAUCAUUCUAGAAGAAAAUUUCAGAUGGCAUUUAGAGGCUUUUGCAUCUGAACUCUUCAUAAAGAAUUUAGAGGGCUUUUGUUUUAAAAAUUUUUUUUUUUUAAAGUUACAUAUGAAGAAGCAAGACUCAAACUGCCAGAGGCUGAACGAUUCACAGAUUUGACAGAUUCAGAAGACUCUCCACUCAAACGUAGACGGAGAAGAAUGAAGAAGAAUGUAGUCCUUGAAGAGGAAGACAGUGAAAGUGAGAGGCAGCAAGCAUCCACACUACCCAGCCCUCCCAAAAUGGCUUCUGCAAAGAAGCGGCCUUAUUCACUCUCCCUGCUUUCACAGUCGUCUCCUACAGCCGUCAACGUAGGAUGCUCAGGCAAUGAAAGGACUGCUGUCAGUGAAUUGUGCUCCGAAAGAAGGUGCAACAUAACACCUAUCCCACUGUCAAUAAUUAGAGAGGAUGUUGAUUCUCUCAGUGGAGGAAACAUCACACCAUCCCAGGUCAGAACUGACCAUUCCGGCAUAUUGAUUAAUAGAAGAACCACAGCUACACCAACUCAUGCCCAAAAUGCAGACUUCAGUGAAUCUGUGAUACGAACCAUCCUGACCAAUCAAGAAGUCAUCAAAGAUCAGAUGGGCAUUUUGGUGAAGCUAGUUCAUCAGUUAAAGGGGACUGCAGAAGAGAGCCCAUCUCUACCACCGGAAACCCUUCUGGUUGCAACCCUUCAAGAGCUUCUGGUUUUGGAGGGAAAGCUGCUUGAUCAAGAAUUCAAGAAAACUCUGACGAUUACCUUGGCACAAAGAGGAGGUACAACCGUUAAGGACACUGUUUGGAGAAUGAUGGGAUACCUCUUGACCAAUGAACUUGCCAGACAGAUGAAUUGGAAAGGAGCCAAUGGCAAGGCAGCCUUCAAGAACCUUAUUCUAAGAGGGAUAAUCAAUGAGGCUGUACGAAGAAACCGACUUACAGCAACAACAACAGAUCAAGAAACUGAACUGUGGAUUAAAAGGUGGCUCCGUCUUGCUGGAGACAGAGAUGGAGGACACCGUGCCAGGCAGCGAACUGAUAACUGAUGUAACUGAGACAGUCUACUUGUUGAGAACAAUGCUAUAGUUCAGCACACUUUCAGCUACAUUAAUUGUUGUGACAAAUUUAAAGUUUAAUUUGUUUUGUUAACUUUGUUCAAUGUGGCUUAGUUUUAUUCUGUUUUCAGCCAUUAUAAUGGGUGUUUUUUGCAUUGGAGCAACCAUCAAAAAAUAUAUUUAACGCUAGGCAGAGGUGCUGUCAUUUCGUGAACACAAGUUGAUUGUGACAGAGGACAUUAGACACUAUUUUUUCCCAAAACUUACAAGGGGGAAUGCAAACGUUGUUCCACAGGAGCUCACGGACUGCAGAUGUGCCCACAGGCAUUUUUUGUUUAUUGGCCCAUUCAGAAAAUCUAACAUUUUCUAUUUAGCUAACUAUUCAUUCAUUUUAAUAAAUGGAAAUGAAUAACAAAAGCAGUCAUUGUUUGUUACUAGAACUGCUCUAUUACAAGGUGGAUUGAGUAUCAGAAAGAGGUUUGAGUGUUGUGAGAUGGUAAUGCAAAAUAGUUAUUGGUCCUUACCUGAUUGUGGACCUGUGGUCCUGUGUGGACCUGUGUGUCCUGGUCUAUACAUAAUUGAUGUCCAUUGUCUAGGUUCUGAGCUGAUUUCCCCUGGCACAUGGCUGGUACAUAACUGACAUACGGCUCAUGUAAGUUAAGGGUGUCAUUAAUUCCUCUGGCCCAUACCUGGCCCGCAGCAUAGGUGACGGGAUGGUAUGGCCCUGAUCUGGCACACAUCUGGCCCUUUAGAUGCCUGACAUCUGGCACAUUUAAGGGGAAGCUGUGAUUAAGUCUUUUGGCCCAUACCUGGCCCGCAUCUGGCCGGUAACAUAGGUGAGAAUAUGGUAUGGCUCUGAUCUGGCACACAUCUGGCACAUUGAAGGUGAACAUUAUGGUACAUUUUAUUUGGCCCAGAUUUGGUCCACAUCACACCUGACAUCUGGCCCAUAUAGGGUGAAACUGUGGCUGAGUUAAGGCAGCCACACUCACCCUGAGUCAACGCCGUAAGUCAAGGCCAAAUGUGGGCCAUAACAGAAUUUCAGAUGUGGCCCAUAUAAGGUGGAUUUGUGGCUGAGUUAAGGCAGCCACACUCACCCUGAGUCAACGCCGUCAGUCAAGGCCAAAUGUGGGCCAUAAGAAAGAUGCAAAUAUGGGCCAAAUUUGGGCUGAAUAUUU